UUAGGUGAACAAUCAAGCGAGGAUCACCAUGUUUUCUGUAAGAUUUGCCUUGAUGUUUUGUGCGUUGAGCUAUUUCCCUCUCGCCGCUCGCUCCGACAUCGCUAGAUCUAGCACCCAGCAGUCGCCCAAGUCAGCAGGAAAACCCAACUUCAUCGUUAUGCUCAUGGACGACAUGGGCUGGGGCGACCUCGGGGUGUAUGGAGAACCCAACAAAGAGACGCCAAACCUGGACAAAAUGGCCUCCGAAGGAAUGCUCUUCCCUGAUUUCUACUCUGCCUGCCCACUGUGUUCUCCGUCAAGAGCAGCAUUAUUGAGCGGACGACUUCCCAUACGUAAUGGGUUUUACAGCGAUAACGCAUUUGGGUGCAACGGUAUGUGCAUAGAGUAUACGCACCUGGGACAACAGCCUCGCUACCACCCGCUCCGUCACGGUUUCGACGAGUGGUUUGGCUCCUCCAACUGUCACUUGGGCCCGUUCAACAACAGAGACACACCCAACGUUCCUGUGUUCAGAGACGCAGAUAUGGUUGGAAGGUAUUAUGAAGAUUUCCCCUUCAACAAGCAAACUGGGGAAGCCAACCUCACUCAGAUCUACAUCAAUGAAGCAACAAGUUUUAUUGAGAAGCAGGUCGCUACAGGACAACCCUUCUUCUUGUACUGGGCGGUGGAUGCCACUCAUGAUCCAGUUUACGCAUCUCCGGACUUUCUCGGCACCUCACGCCGUGGGAUUUACGGCGAUGCAGUGAGAGAACUAGACUCCGGAGUGGGACGUAUCCUGCAGACGUUGCAGAAACUCAAAGUGGACAACAACACAUUUGUGUUCUUCUCCUCGGACAAUGGAGCCGCCACGUACAACAAGGCUAAGGGUGGCAGUAAUGGUCCGUUCUUGUGUGGCAAGGAGACGACGUUUGAGGGCGGCAUGAGAGAGCCGGCGGUGGCGUGGUGGCCAGGUGUGGUCCAGGGGGGACAGGUGUCUUUCCAGUUGGGCAGCUUGAUGGAUCUGUUCUCCACGCUGCUCGACUUUGCCGACAUUCCCGCUCCGAGCGACAGAACCAUCGACGGCAUCAGUCUACGGCCAGCUUUGUUGAGCAAUAUUGUCACAGACAGGUCACCCAUCUUCCUGUACCGCGGGGAUCUGUUAAUGGCCGCCCGGGUCGGUCAGUACAAAGCACAUUUCUGGACCUGGACUAACAGCUGGUCUGAGUUUCACAGUGGCACAGACUUUUGCCCAGGUCAGGAGGUCAAAGGAGUGACGACCCACAAACAGACAAACCAGACGGCCAGCCCACUCCUCUUUGACCUCGGCUGUGAUCCACAAGAGAAAUACGUGAUCCCACCAAGUUCCCCAAUCUACCAACAACAGAUGCCCGCCAUCUUGAAAGCUGUGAAGGAACACCUGGCCACUCUGAAGCCCGGAGACCCACAGCUCAACUGGUGUGACCCGGCCGUUAUGUUGAUGCUGAAACUGAAAGGAAGCAGAGACGAUUCCGACAAGAAGGAAAUCUGA